AUGCCAGCCGGCAGAUUUAUUUGAAGAACUCCACCAAUAAGCUUAGUGCUUACUCUAAAAGUAAACGUUAGCUUAAUAUUAGUGUCAGUGUUGCAUUGGGAAGCUUGAAUUGGACUGCUAACUCAAAUGCCUGAUGGUCAUAAAAUUCUACCAGGAGUUAGACUGUGAAAUGCACUUCCUAUUGAAAUUCCAGCUGCUGAUAUACAUAAAGCAAUAAAGCCAAUCAAGAUUUCCAUAUUAUAA